AAACAAAAACCCUGAGAUGGCUGUUCGUUUCGUUCCCCAAGAAGUUUUCGGUGGUGUCUCUUUCUUCUCACACUGUACUCGAAAGAGUUUUGGAAUAUGAAUUGGAUUUUGAAGCAUCGACUCGGCGCACCGUAAGAGCUGGGACAGAAUCACCUUCCUCUAAAUCCAUGACUUGUUUUACUCUCUUCCGUUCUUUCCAAUCUAUCAAAUUCAAUCCAUCUCUCUCUGCCCCUCUUAAUUCUUCUUGUUCCUUUGGAAUUCGACACAAACCCAACCAAACAAACUUCAAAUUCAGGAAAACACAAAGGUGCAGGGCUGUGUUUUCCGACGAUGCCCCCUUUGCUGCGGCAAUCGGCGCUUGCAUGCUCACUUCUUUGGUUUUUCCAGUCUCAGUUCCACCAGAAAACGAGGAUGCUGAAUCCGCCGUUAACUCAACCGAUGCAAGAUUCGCUGUCAUGGGAAUUGUUAGUUUCAUCCCUUAUUUCAAUUGGCUGAGUUGGGUUUUCGCGUGGCUUGAUACUGGGAAACGACGUUAUGCUGUGUAUUCACUUGUAUAUUUGGCUCCUUAUCUCAGGUCAAAUCUAUCAAUCUCGCCUGAAGAGAGCUGGCUGCCUAUUGCCAGCAUUCUGUUCUGCAUCGUUCACAUUCAGCUGGAAGCAAGCAUCAGAAAUGGAGAUAUUCAGGGUUUUCAAGUAUUCAGGAACGUGACAGAUCGGUUAUCAAGUACCACGAAGAAAGGCCGUUUGAAUCAGCAUCAAGAAAUGUCCAAGGAGGAAAGCAAGAAAGAUAAUAAGAACCUGCCAACUGCCCAAGAACAAUCAAGAGAUAUUGGGGGUUGGGAUGAUUCUGAAAGGCCUUCACAAUACCGUCAACGCUUGAAUGAAGACAUAGAUGAUGAUAGUAAAGAGAGAAGAAAGCACUAAACCGGAGAUGCAUGCAUUUGCCGAUCAUCAACUAAACUUCACACAAGUUUCAUGCCCGAUGCUGGUACUGUUAAGCCGUUUGGUUAGCUUUGGCACGUUUUAAUGAGACUGUAGCAUUAUCUUAAUGUUGCUAUGUUAACAUCAUGGAUUCAUUUUUUUUUUCUUUUUUUUUUUCCGGUUAACAAAUUCUUUUAACUCUUGGUGUUAAGCUCAUAUUUACUAGACAAUAUUAAAGAUGCCAUUUUCAUUUGCGAUUGUAUAAACAGUUCCACUCAGUGCCAGGGUAACAGUUCCAUAUAA